AUGGAUUAUUCUAAUAAUAAGAAAAACGUCAAGGCAAUGAGUCAACAUCAGAAUAAGGAUAGUAGUGAAUACAAUGAAAAUUAUUACAAGAGACAAUACAAUAUUAAGAAUAGAAAGAAUGAAGAAAUAAAGGUUGGAUCAAAUUUAUCUACAAAUAAUGAUGUGUUGCAAUUACCUAGUGUGUUACAUAAUCACAUUCGUAUUGUGAGAACGAAUGAUAGUUGUUUUAAAGAUUAUAUAGUAUUAAGUAAUUUAGGUAAAGGAACAUAUGCUCAAGUUUGGAAAGUAAAACAUAAAAUAACGAAUGAAAUAUAUGCAGCUAAGUUAUUACAACCUAAUCAAUUCCCCAAAGAAUCUUUUAAUAGAAUUGUAGAAAUGUUUACUAAAGAAAUAAUAAAUUUAUCAAUAUGUCAGUGUCCUGGUGUUAUUAAAUUACAUAAAGUUAUAGGAGGAAAAGAAGGAUGGAUAUUAAUACAAGAUUUUGCAAAUGAUGGUACUUUAUGGAAAGAAAAUUUAUCUAGUAAUAUGAAUGAAGCAUUUUUAUAUUUUAUUCAAUUAUUACAAGGCAUGUGGUAUAUACAAGAAAUGAAUAUAGUACAUCGAGAUCUAAAACCUACUAAUAUAUUAAGAUAUGAUAAUAAACGUAUUGUAAUAGCAGAUUUUGGUUGGUCAGAACACAUCGAUUCAUGUAAUUUACAUCCAACUGAAUGGCCAGGCACAUUAGAAAUUAAUCCUCCAGAGGUAUUAAGAAAUACUGGUCCCAUGACAGAAAAAAUAGAUAAUUAUGCUCUAGGUAUGAAUAUGAUAUUAUUUAUAUCUGGAAGAUUUGUAUGUAGACAAAAAGGUAUAGAAUGUUCGAAGGUAGCACAAACCAUUUUAAAGACAGUUCAUAAUUUAAGACAUUCUAAACCACCUAGUAGAUUCAGAGAAAAUUUAAAAGCUUGGGAUUUAUUUGUAAAACUAACAUCAUCAAAUCCAAUAGAAAGACUUAGUCUACAAAAUGUAUUAGAUCAUCCAUGGGUAACAGAAAUGUUGAAUAAUUUCAGUUUACAGAAUUCAAAGUUUUUGUGGCAUGAGAAAGUAAAAAGUAGAUGGAUAUAUUUACUAUCUAAUAAUUGGGACUUUUUUAAAAACAUAUCUUCAAUCUCUUCCUCAACCAACAACAACAACAAUAAUAAUAAUAAUAAUAAUAAUAACAAUAUUAAUAAUAAUAAUAAUAAUAAUAAUGAGGGUAGUAAAAGUAUAAUUAAUACUAGUCACAAUAAUAAUAAUAACAAUAGUAGUAACACAAAAAUUAUUGGAAAAUAUAAUGAUAUGGAUAAUCAACAUAACUUAUCCUCAACGAGUACCAAAAAUAAUAAAAACACGCUCAUCAUUGACAACGAGAAAAAUAAUAAGGAGAAGACUAACAAGUAUUCACGCUCAUGUCUCAAAAACGAUUAUGAAUUACUCUUUUAUAUGAUGAAGAAUAAUUUUAAAGGGAAAAUUAAUUGCUGCUCAGUCAAAAAAAAUGAAAUUCCCAAAAUAGAAAAUAUACAAGAAAUCAAAAAUGGCGAGGGUAAAGACCAAAAUGAGCUCAUGCAAAAUAUAGAAAAUAUGGAACAUUCUGGAAAUAUAGACAAACUAGAAAUUAUGAAAAAAAGUGAGAAUAUAAGAAUGUAUGACCAAACCAAUGUCGACCAACACAAAUAUAACAAUGAUGUGGAUGAAGAUAAAUAUAAAAACGAUGUUGAUGAAGAUAAAUAUAAAAACGAUGUGGAUGAAGAUAAAUAUAAAAACGAUGUUGAUGAAGAUAAAUAUAAUAACAACAUGGAUAAUAAUAUGGAUAACCAUCAAACUAAUAGAAGUAGUAAAUUUGAUGAUAUGCAAAUUAAUAGAAAUAACAAUAUGGGUGAUCAAUAUCUUCCUUAUAAUAAUGAUAAAGAAAUACAACACAUUACUACAAAAAAUAAGGACUAUAAUAGUAAGAAUUAUAUAGCCAAUAUUCAAAAAAAAAAAAAUAUAACAAUUCCAAAAAAUCAUAUGAUGAAUAUACCAAGUGCAACAUCUCACGAGAUAAAUAAAGAAUACAAAAUGAAUAGACAAAUUGGUGUCGUUCCCAAAGGUUAUUACGACCACAACAAUCAUAAUAUAAAUAAUAAUAAUGAUAAUAAUAAUAAUUACAAUCAUAUCCUCUAUAAUAAUAGACGACAUGCACACAAGGAUCAUAUUGUUGUAAACUCAAAUAAUUGUACAAGAAAAUGUAAAAAUAAUCAUGCAGAAGAACAGAAAGAAGUUUUUAUCAUCAGCGAUAGUUUUGAAGAAAACGCUAGAGGUACUUAUGACAAAAAUAAAAAUAAUAAAAAGAAAAAGAACAGUAAAAAAUGUGAUCCUAUAAACAAAAAAGAUAUAGAUCAUAGAAAAGAUAUGAACAUGCAAUUUAAUCAUGAGGAAGAUAUAAAUAAGUAUUACAAUAAAUACAAAACGAUGAAUGAAAAAGUGUUUUAUAACAAAAAUGAACUCCUUAUCCACAAUAAUGAUAAUAAUAAUAAUAAUAAUAUAUAUAAUAAAGUUAAUGAAAAUGUUGAUGUGUAUAACCAAAAUGCAGAUUCUACUGAGAGCAUGAGACGUACAAAAGGACACACAUUUAACAAACAAGAGAACAGAAGGACAUGCAGUCAGAUAUACGAUGAUAACAUCUAUGAUGAUAAUAGAUAUUUUGACGAAGGGAAAGCUAAUCUGGAUACAUAUCAAAAUGACAAGAAUGGUAUGAGUAAUAUUAAAAAUGUUGAACGUCAUAUAAAUGGGAACAAUGAAGAAGAUGUAGAUAAUGAUGGAAAUGUAUAUGAAGAUAAUAAAAAAGAAGAGGAGGAGGAAGACGAAGAAGAUAACGAUGACGACAGCGAUGGUGAUCAUGAACAUGAACACAAACUUAAUAACACUAACGAAAAUAUAGAUAAUCAAGAUGAAGAAGAAGACGACGAAGAAGACGACGAAGAAGACGACGAAGAAGACGACGACGAAGAAGAAGACGAAGAUGAAGACAAUAACGAUAACGAUGAUAAUAGCGAUGAUGAUGAUGAUGACGAUAAUAAUGAUAACAAUGAUGAUAAUAACAGCGGGAAAAAAAACAGAGACAGACAUAUAUAUAACUACCAUAAUUAUAUUACUUAUUUAAAAAAAAACAAACAAAUGAAUGACAAAACAAAUGGAGAUAUGAAAAACGUACAAGACAAGUGCUCAAAUAUAAGAGAUACUGAAGAUUUUAUACAUUACAAUCAAAAGAAAUCUAGUUCUUUACUUUUAUCUGAUGUAGACAACAUGAAAAAAUUUUUGAAAAAUUAUAAAAAGCAAAUACAUGACGCCAAAGGGGUAUUAUCCAAAACGACAUUCAAAAUGAGCGAUCUGAUGAGGAAAAAGUACAAAGAACAAAAUUGUAUUAAGAAAAAGGAUACAUCUACAAAAGAUAUUGUUAUAAAUCCCAUGUUAAAUAAUAAUAGAAAUGAUGUGAACAAUAUUGAAAAGGUAAAAUAUAAAGAUGAGAAAAAUAAAAAUGACUGUACUUAUGUAAAAGAAGAAGGAAAAAAAUGUAGAGACAUAAAAAAAAUUGAACAUAUAUAUAAUUAUGAUUCUGAUAAGAUGGAUAAUGUGAGUCAUUAUCAAUAUGAUACACAUUAUAAGAAGGAGAGGAUAAAAGCAUUGUCAGGAAAAAAUAUAAGUGUGGAAGAUAUUAAUUUUAGGUGGCAUCAGGAUAAAGCAACCAUAUUAUCACAACAAAACGGGAGUAAUAUAUCAAGAGAAAGUAAGGAUUCGAAAAAGAUAGAUACGAUUCCCAAUAAAAAUAAUGUGGAUGCAACAAUUAAAUAUAUGAAUUUGUAUAAUAAUAAUAAUAAUAAUAAUAAUAAUAAAAAUAAUGAUAUGGGUAAGGACCUUUUUAUAAAACAAAAUGAUAAAAAUACUAACCAAUAUAUUAAUAAAUAUGAAGAAGAAUAUAACAUCUUUUUAGAGCGCUUAAAUUAUAAAAAAAAAAACAAAAGAGAUAACACAAUGAAUAAUACUAAUUGUAGAAACAAUAUUAAUGAUAAGGCUAUGAAUAUCAAAAAAGAUGAUAAGAAAAAUAUGUUGCCAAGGUUAUUAUUAAAAAUAAAUAAAAUAUUGGAUGACAAUAAUUUAGAUGAUAAAAAAGAAAAGAAUGAAAGAUAUAUGAGAAAUAAAUAUUAUGAUGGUAUAAAUAACAUGAAGGAAUGUUUUAAUAUAAAUAUUACACAUGAUAUAGUUGAAUUGGAAAAAGCAUCAAGCUAUGAUAAAUACAACGAAUAUAAUAAAUACAAUAAGUACCAUAAGUACAACAAAAAAUACAACGAUAGUUGUAUUAAUUCUUCUUAUUGUAGUACAUAUAAAAAUGAAGAUCAUAAAAUUGAAUUAAGACAUAAUCGAGAUUCUACUAAAGAAACAGAUACUCUUUUAUCUGACAAGAAAUGUAGUUUUAAAAACAAAAGUACUUAUGAUUAUUUGAAGCAGAACAAUUUAAAUAUGUCCAUAGGAAAAAGAAGAGAUACAUAUAAAAACGAUAUUAUCAACAUCUUAAACGAAAAAGAAGAACAAGUGGGAGAUGUGCUCAAGGAAGAGGAUUCAUAUAAACAGACUGACAAAAAAGUAGAUGUAGAAAUAUAUAGAAACGAAAAAAAAAAUUCUUUGGAUAUUAGCAAUAAUAUUAUUAUUAACAACUUUAUGAAUAAUACUUAUCAUCAUAAAAAUAAUAGUAUCGAAAAAAGAACAGACAGUCCUAUGAAAUAUUAUAUGGAUACAUUAAAUUAUUUUGAUAAUAAUAAAAAUAUGUUGGAUAUGCAUAAGGAUAAAGAAAAGGUUUUGAUGAUGAGUAAUGAUCAAAAGAAAAGUGGCCUUUAUAAUUAUGAUAUGAAUAAUAAUGAUGAUAAGGAGGAUACCUUUACUAAAUUGUUAAUCAACAAAAAUGAAAGAGUUAAAAAAUAUAACUAUCAAAGAGAUGUCGAUGUAGAGAUGAUAAAAAAGAAAAUAAAUAAUACAGUAAUAAAUAGAGAAGAUAAAAAAAAUCUUAAUUAUGACGAAAGCAUUAUGAUAGAAAGUGUGAACAAUGGAUAUGAUAAUAUAUUUAUUGGAAAGAAAAAAAAUGAUGAUGCUAAACAAAAUAAUAUACCAUCAUAUAAUAUACAUACCUAUGAUAAUAACAUGGAAUCCAUAAAAUAUAAUAUAAAAGAAGACAAAAAAAAAAAAAAGAAUGUUCAUAAUUUUAACAAUCAUGAUAAUGAUAUGAGUAAUAAUUUGUAUAGACAUCGUAAGAAUUCAUUUUCUUCUAUAAAUACACAAGAACCAAAAAUAUAUGAUAGUACAAAAUAUAGUCACAAUGAAUCUUUGUGCUCAUUUAAAAAAGUUCAAGAAGAUAAAAUCUUGGAAGAAUUAAUAAACGGAGAAAGCAUAGGUACAACUGAAGCUACAACUGAAACCGAAACAUUUGUUGAUAAAAAUUAUAAUAAUGAAAAAAAACAAUGUGCUUAUUUUUCUGUUCAUAAUAAUAUAAAGAUUUAUAAUAAGUCUUCAACUAUAACUUUAGAUGAUAGUAUAAAAGAAAGUUCCGUAAAAAAUUCAAGCUGUUCAACAUUUGAUUACAGUGAUUUAGAGUUUCAAUAUUUUUCAAACAAGGAAAAUAUCGUAGAUUCUUAUAAUACAGAAUAUAAAUAUGGUCCAAGAGAAUUAGGAGAUAUAUCUAGGUACGAAAAUAAAUCAACACUUGCAGAGAAAAAAAAAAAUCACACGAAACAAAAUGAAGUGCACCAUCAUAAUAUAGUAGGAAAGAAAAAAGCUGUGGACCAUAUAAAUAAUUUUACUCUGGAGAAUAAUGAUAUUUUCUUAAAAAUGCAUGACAUCCAAAAUAUAACCAAGGUCUAA